UCCACGCCCACUGCACUCCACUACUCUCUCCUCACCGCCCAGAGAGAGGACAUUUCACCUCGUCUCACUGCGCCAUUCUUUUCCGGUCUACAGAAACUACUCGGUGUUCAACAUGUCCCGGGUCUGCGAUUUCUGUCAUGUUCUGUUUCUUUUGCUGUUGUGUUAUAGCGUGGAGUCGUUUGUCCAGAAGCAUAUCCAAGCACAGGUUCCUGUGAUCCUGGAGCCCGGAGAUGUUGUUUCUCGUGUGAAUUUGGACGGUUGUGGCGACGGGCCUCUGCGUUUGACUUCCAGUGACCCAGCUUUCAGAGUAGAAAUGGAUGGCACCAUCCAGACUGUCCUUGCAACCAAGGUACCAGAGGAUGGCUUGUAUUUCUGGAUAACUGUCAAGGACCUCAGUGGUAACAGGUGGUUUGUUGAUGUCAGCCUCUCCUCUCCAGACAAGGGCUCUAAAAAUGCUGUGCUCAAACGCUCCAAAAGAAGAUGGAGUCCUCCACCUUUCAGCGUCAAGGAGAAUGAGAAGGGUCCUUUCCCAAGGAAUAUGGAGAUGAUUGCAUCGGACACCUCAGUAAAUUACUCACUUUAUUACGAGAUAAAGGGACCUGGUGUUACUCUUUCUCCCGUUGGUCUGUUUUCAGUUAUCCCAAACACUGGCAUGUUAAAAGUCCACAAAACUAUUGACCGUGAGGAGUACUCUAAGUUUAAUUUUACAGCCUAUGCCUACAACACCGUGACCAAUAAGCAGACUGAUGAUCCUCUUCCAAUCAUUGUGAUCAUAGAGGAUGAGAAUGACAAUGCUCCAGAGUUCUCUGGACCUAUGGACUAUACUGUUGAGGAGCAAUGUCCCAUGAACACUGUUGUAGGCACAGUGAAUGCAACAGAUAAAGACGAACCGAACACCCUUCACACCAAGAUCAAGUUCACUCUACAAAAUGGCACGCACCUGUUCCGUAUUGACCCCUACACUGGAGUUAUCUCUGCCGCUACUAACGUAUUGGACAGAGAGGCUCAAGAGACAUACUUCCUUGGAGUAGAGAUCAGAGACAUGGGUGGAGCAUCUAAUGGUCUUUUCAGCAAAGGGGUAGUUAGGGUGUCUCUGAAGGAUAUCAAUGAUAAUCCACCCACAUUUACACAAACCACAUACAAAGGCGGUGUUCAAGAGAACAAAGCAGAUGUGUUGGUUGCUAAGAUCCCUGUCAACGACAAGGACUUGAUAAACACCCCCAACUGGAGAGCAGUGUACGAAAUCACCAAGGGCAACGAGAAUGGCAACUUCAUGAUUAAAACGGAUCCAGUCACAAACGAAGGGCAGCUCUAUGUCACAAAGCCUCUGGAUUAUGAGAAACAGCAGACAGUGAACCUGGAGGUGAUGGCACGUAAUGAGGCUCCUCUUGACCGAUCCAGCUCCACCUGGCAGAAAGUGCCUGUAGAGAUCAUGGUGGAAAAUGUGGAUGAAGGACCAGAAUUCUCUGCACCUAUACUCCAGCUUAAAGUUAAAGAGAACGUAGCCAACGGGACUAUAAUCGGAGUUUACACAGCCAUUGACCCAGAGACCAAAAGCAGCAAGGACAUAACGUACUACAAGUUGAGUGACCCAGGUUCCUGGAUCAGUGUGGUGAGCAACACUGGCGAGCUGAAGACAGUAAUGACCAUCGACAGAGAAUCUCCUCUUGUAGUUAAUAAUACAUAUAACAUCACCGUCAAAGCAGUGGAUAAGAGUCAGAAGUCUGGUACCGGUACGGUAAUGAUCCUCAUUGAGGAUGUGAAUGACAAUACCCCGGUUAUCAGUAAUUUAACCCCGGCCAUAUGCAACAAAGGUGCUGGUCAAAGCUCCGUAGUCAUUAAUGCUACAGAUCUUGACCAGCAGCCAUACUCCUAUCCAUUUUUAUUUGAACUGGUGAAACCGAAUGAUGGGUCAUGGCGGCUAAAGGGUCAAAAAGAUACCUCUGUAGUGCUGGAGCCAACUUUGGACUUGCCCAACGAUAUCUACCAAGUCCCAAUACUAGUGAAGGACCUUCAGGGUUUUGGGAAAGAGCAAACUCUGAUUGUGCGACUAUGUGACUGUACACCUGAUGGACUGUGUGCACCUAAAAAGUUGUCCACGGCACUAGGAGUGUGGGGAAUCCUCGCCAUGCUGCUGGGCCUGCUGCUGCUUCCAUUACUCUGUCUGCUAUGCAUAUUUGUGUGCAGCACAAAGGGAGAGAAACUGGCUAUGGCUGAAGAUGAUUUUUCUGGUGGGAUGCUAAUCAAGUCCAAUUUAGAAGCUCCUGGGGAGGAAGUGAAAGAGGAACUGAUUCUGCUGCCUACCAGUGGGAUAGAUAUAAUGGACAGCUCUAAAGGAGGAGGCUACAUGGAGCAUCAGACCACAGUGAGCUCGGGCGGAGCAGGCUUUGGUCAGAAGCAUAUUUAUGGAGAAAACAUGUACCAUAACAACAUUCAGGGCUUCAUGACCAACACCUUUUCUUCUGGACAGUAUGGCACAGCCAUGUAUGGCAAUUCCUUUAAGAAUUACGCCACCCUCUCAGCAGUGGAUGGGUGGCAGGUAAAUGGGAGUCAUCUCAAUAAAAAACUGACAUACUUUCGCGAUGAGGCAGAGGCGAGGUAUGCUGACGAUAUCCUGAAGCCUUAUGGGUUUGAAGGAGUGGGCUCUCCUGCAGGGUCUGUUGGGUGCUGUAGUGUCAUCGAUGGAGACGAGUCAGUGGAUUUCCUCAGUACGCUUGGACCCAAAUUCAAAACGCUUGCUGAUGUAUGUACAAGCAAAUCAUAAAGGGGAGGGCAGUGAAAUGGGACAAGCUAAAGAUAAGAAACUAGGAGAAAUGACCUGAUGUCAUUUGGAGUUGGUUAUUAGAGCUUAUCUGUCUUCCCCAAGACAAAGAGGACAAUAAGGGACGAUGAAGACACUGUACCAUGGAUAUUGAUGGAUAUUGUGAACAUUAGCUGAAAUCUGUCCCCAAUCAUUUAUAACUCAUGUAUUAUUAUCUGGAGUCUACACCAGAAAAAGGACUGUUCUUUUGAGUUUGUGAGUGUGUGUGUGUUUUUAUAUUUGAUUGGUUUGCUGUUUACUGUAUCUUCUACUGUAAGCUUGAUCUCCCUGUCAAAGCACUGCAAAGCCAAGGGAUUUUUUUUUUAUGAUUAUUUCCCUAUUGUGUAAUAAAACAACUUUCUGUGGGGACUGUGAAGCCCUAAUGUGCACCAGCAACAGCUAUAUUUUUGAUGGGCUACAAGCAUUUCUUCAUUUAGUUUCUACUAUAGCUAACUUGCUUUUAAUGAUUAGACUCUAAUGAAUGUAACAAAUAUAAAGCUUUCAGAGGGAAGGGUAGGGGAAGUUGGUGCUGGUAUUUUGCUUGUGUCUAACAGAACCCUGUCAUUUUGUGGUGAUUCUGAGUAUUACCAAGAUACUGAUGGGUUCUUCAUACCAUUUAAUUUAAUAUUUUGUCAAAAUAUUUGACAAAAUAUUUGUUUCUGUGAGUUGUUUCUGUGUCUGAAGAAUGAAGUAAAACAUUCAGAAUUUAUUAAACCAAACUCAUUCCACUAUUCUUUAUAAACUACUGCCGUUAAUGCUUUGUUAGCAUGUUUUUGUGCUAAAUGGCUAACUUUUUUUUUUUGUGCUAACUUUUUUAUUAUUUUUUUAUUUUUAUUUUUUUUACAGAAACUUUACAAUCAUAAAAUAUGCAUUUUGAAAUACAAGAGUUACAAUUUCUAAUUUAUUAAUAAAUGACUCACUGUGCUUUUUAUCUUUUUUUUUUUUGGUUGCAUUUGAUGUUGUGGCACAUACAUUAGUUCCUGUUAUGACUUUAUAUAUCAGCUAUAAACUGUCGCUCAAA